CCUGGAGACUGCGCAGAAUACACUGGGGGCAGAAAAAGUGCCUGUGCAAGCAGAACUGAGAAAGUUCAUAGAUCGGAGGUGCAGGAUGUCCCGUUAAGAGGAAGAAGGGGAAAAAAAUCCUCCAGAGGAGCAGAGGCACCACGGGCUGACCCGCUGGAAGGAUCGUGCACGACAUUCACCGCUCUGCAGAUACACUUCACCUGGGAAAAUGGGUUUUCCGACGAUAUAUGGUUGUCGUCGGGUAGUUCUCAAAUUGUUUUUGCUUCAGUUUAUCGUCUUUCAAGCGACGUAUGCUGCCCCCUCGCCUAUCAUCAAGUUUCCUGGAGACGAUACUACCCCCACAACAGACAAAGAAGUUGCUCUGCACUAUCUGAAUAAGUUUUAUGGAUGCCCAGAAGACAGAUGUAACCUCGUGGUGCUCAAGGACACGCUGAAGAAAAUGCAGAAGUUCUUCUCUCUGCAAGAAACCGGAGAAAUUGAUGCCCAAACGGUGGAGAUCAUGAAGAAGCCUCGCUGUGGUGUCCCAGAUGUGGCCAAUUACAACUUCUUCCACAGGAAACCCAUGUGGCAGAAGAAUGACAUCACCUACAGAAUUCUGGGAUACUCUGUUGAUCUGGACGAGGAGGUCAUAAAUGAUGCUUUCCUCAGAGCCUUCAAAGUGUGGAGCGACGUCACCCCUCUCGUAUUCACCCGCAUCAUGGACGGAGAGGCUGACAUCAUGAUUAAUUUUGGCCGCAACGAGCACGGAGACGGUUACCCCUUUGACGGCAAAGAUGGCCUCUUGGCUCACGCCUUCGCUCCAGGGCCAGGAAUUGGCGGAGACUCCCACUUUGAUGAUGAUGAGCAGUGGACACUGGGAGAUGGCCAAGUGGUGAAGGUGAAGUUUGGUAAUGCUGACGGCGAGUUCUGUAAGUUCCCCUUCCUGUUCAUGGGCACUGAGUACAAGACCUGCACGUCCCAGGGACGUGACGACGGCUUCCUGUGGUGCUCCACCUCCUACAACUUUGAUGAUGAUGGCAAAUAUGGAUUCUGCCCUCAUGAAUUAUUAUUCACCAUGGCUGGAAAUGCAGAGGGUGCUCCAUGCAAGUUCCCCUUCAACUUCCAGGGAGAGAAGUACGACAGCUGCACCACGGAGGGCAGGGACGAUGGCUACCGCUGGUGUGCCACUACUGAGGACUACGACCGUGACAAAAGCUUUGGGUUCUGCCCUGAAACUGCCAUGUCAACAGUGGGAGGAAAUGCAGAGGGAGCCCCUUGUGCCUUCCCCUUCACCUUCCUGGGAGACACCUAUGAUGCCUGCACCGCAUCAGGGCGCAGUGAUGGCAAGAUGUGGUGUGCUUCCACCAAGAGCUAUGAUGAUGACCGUAAAUGGGGUUUCUGUCCAGACCAAGGCUACAGCUUGUUCCUGGUGGCAGCCCACGAGUUUGGUCAUGCCCUUGGCUUGGAGCACUCUCAGGACCCCGGAGCUUUAAUGGCCCCCAUUUACACCUACACAAAAGACUUCAGACUUUCUCAUGAUGACGUUCAAGGCAUCCAGGAGCUCUACGGUGGGUCGACAGACAAGCCCCUGUCUCCGACUCAAGGUCCAGUCACUCCCAUGGACAUCUGUAAGGAGCCAGUUGUCUUUGAUGCUAUAGCACAAAUCAGAGGAGAGACCUUCUUCUUCAAGGACAGGUUCCAGUUCAGGUCAGUCAACUUCAGAAGCAAGCCCACUGGCCCGAUGCUAGUGGCCACCUACUGGCCGGACCUGCCUGCCAAGAUAGACGCUGCCUAUGAAAACCCACUGGAGGAAAAAACUGUCUUCUUCUCAGGCAAGGAGAUGUGGAUCUACAAAGCGAGUGACUUGGAGAGUGGUUACCCCAAGAAAAUCUCCAGUCUCGGCCUUCCGGCAGACCUAACACAAAUCGACGCUGCCUUCAGCUUCAAGAAGAACAGGAAGACUUAUCUUUUCUCUGGAGACAAAUUCUGGAGAUAUGAUGAAGAUAAGAAGAUCAUGGACGCUGGCUUCCCCAGACUUAUUGCUGACUCCUGGAAUGGCAUCCCAGAUGGCCUAGACGCUGCCUUCAGUCUUAAUGACAUCGAUUACAGCUACUUCUUCAAAGGAAACCACUAUUUCAAACUGGAAGACAGCAGCUUGAAGAUUGUCAAACUGGGCGAAAUCACAAAGGACUGGCUCGGUUGUUGAGAGCGCCGAAAAUUUCGUACAACUUGCUGGUUCCUGUAAUGACGCCUGGCCUCAUGAGGACAUUGGCAUAAUAUCAUACACAACUUGAGGUUACUGCAGUGCACACCAUUGUAAGUUGUAAGUUUUUGUCCUGGCAACUAUGCACGCUUCUGUGUGAGACAUGUCCCUUCCAACCUGUAUAAUCAACCUCCAGCUUUGUAGAAAGGGACCUCGGGACCUUCUAAACAGGCUAUACAUGGGCAACUGGAUAUUACUGUGUGAUAUUGACAUUGUAUGUGUUAUGCUGAUGCAGAUUUAUUACAUUAUGUAGCCCCUGUUUUAUAGUUGUUUUUUUGAGUUGUUUUUUUAUUCAGACAUCAGGUAUGUCCACACUGCAUUGAACGCAGUGCUAUACUUUGUUGUGAGAUAUUGCCAUUUAAUGCAGAUUUGAGUCUGAAAGGCUGUGUUACACCAGAUGAGGAAUUCAUAUCAGCUUAGAAUUACUUCUAUGUCCAGUGUGCUAAGUGCAGUUUUAUAAAUGUAUCAGUUUUAAUUGAUACAAUUUCUCCUUGUUGAGCAAUACAUUUAAAGAAAUGAAUUUGCACAAUGUGUCUGACCGAAAAUGGUGCUUUAGAGUUUGCUUUUGCAUAUAGUCCUAAAUAUAUAUACAUAUACACAACUUAUAUUCAGUGUUACUGUGUCUGAUGGGACAACUUAGCAUUCUCUGAAUGUCAGAAAGUAGUAUUCGCAGACACACAUUAUUCUUAAUUUGGUUAGCACUUUUUAUAGGACUAUACAAGGGACCUAAACAAUAAAGAGACCAGAUUAUUGUCAUGGCAA